AAGAGUAUCCAAUCCAUGUUUGAGUUUUUAAAGAUCAUGGACCCUUUACUUUUAUACCCCUCAUCCUACUUCAUGAUUAAAAACUGAAUUUUUACUCAAUUAUAUACUUGCCUUGCCUUUAGCUGGCCACCCCUUUCAAUUUAAGUGUAGAUUACAAGAUUAUUGGCUGAAUUGUGUAUUUUCAGUUCUUCUGUAUCUGCUUGUGUGUUAUCAUGUUGCAUGAAUUUCUGUGGAUAUGACCUCUUAUAUUUGGGUGAACUUUUUGUUGAGAAUGGAUUUCCCUGAUAUUUCCAAUUUGAUCACUUCAAUUUCUGAGAGGCUUUUAUUUACUCCAUUGAAAGUGUAUUUGGUGGAGAGCAAGGGAGGUGCCAUAGGUUGCAUGCUCUUGGCCCUUUUCUUCUUGGGGACAUGGCCUGCUGUUUUGACUCUGUUAGAAAGGAGAGGCCGUCUUCCUCAGCAUACCUAUCUUGACUACUCAAUCACCAAUCUCUUGGCCGCUCUCAUCAUUGCUGUUACAUUCGGCGAGAUAGGAAAAAGCACGCCUAAUGAGCCGAAUUUCUUUGCUCAGCUUGCUCAGGAUAAUUGGCCUUCUGUUCUGUUUGCCAUGGCGGGUGGCGCGGUCCUCAGCAUUGGAAAUCUGUGCACACAAUAUGCUUGGGCUUUGGUUGGAUUAUCAGCAGUAACAGUGAUUGCAGCAAGCAUAAAUGUUGUUAUAGGAUCAACAUUGAAUUACUUUUUGGACUACAAAAUCAAUAAAGCUGAGAUCCUUUUCCCAGGAAUUGGUUGCUUUUUGAUUGCAGUUUGUCUAGGCUCCGCUGUUCAUGCAUCUAAUACUGAUGAUAAUGAAGUCAAGCUCAACAAUUUGUCAAAUGAUUAUAAAGAUGGAACCUUGAUCUCUCUGAUAGAAGGAAAUAGAGACAAAUCAAAGGAACUCGAGAGCGGAAAUAGUUCAGAAGACAAAUUUGAAGCUGGGACUGCAGUUUUUCUUAUAGAGCUCGAGAAAACGAGAGCGAUUAAAGUUUUUGGUAAGGGCAUGUUGGUGGGAUUGGCUAUAACUUUCUUUUCUGGAAUUUGCUUCUCCUUAUUCUCACCAGCAUUCAAUUUGGCAACAAAUGACCAGUGGCACACUCUAAAGAAAGGGGUUCCCCAUUUGAGUGUUUACACUGCCUUCUUUUACUUUUCAGUCUCUUGUUUUGUUCUUGGUAUCAUUCUAAACAUCACCUUCCUCUACCACCCUGUCUUGAACUUACCCAAGUCAUCAUUGAAGGCUUAUUUUAGAGACUGGGAUGGCAGAGGCUGGGCCUUGUUGGCUGGUCUCCUUUGUGGGUUUGGAAAUGGUCUCCAAUUUAUGGGAGGUCAAGCAGCAGGAUAUGCAGCAGCAGAUGCCGUUCAGGCAUUUCCAAUUGUGACCACUUUUUGGGGCAUUGUUCUGUUUGGGGAGUAUCGGAAAUCGUCACGAAGGACAUACAUACUGCUAGGGAGUAUGUUGUUUAUGUUCAUUAUGGCUGUUGUUGUGCUGAUGGCUUCAUCAGGACAAAGGAAAAACAGUGAUCAUUGAAUGGUUAAGGUGUUUAUCUGUUAUAGAAGAACUAAGCAUAUGCCAAACAGGGCUAACUUCUAAGGGAGAAGUAUUCUCAUUCUUCAUUGGUAUUAAGAAAAGGGUGUAGAAAAAUAAACGAAGCGCAUGCAGAAUUGAAAUAUUUGUUAUGAUUUUUUUCUAUUGUUAUUGAAUUUUGUGUAUAUUUGAACAUUCAAAUUGAAAAUUUGCACAAUGAAAUAUGUAUAUAUCCAAUUGUUUGUA